CUCUCUACCUGCUAAAAAACUGAGGAGGUUUUGCUUCCUCCUUCUCUUUCUCAAUCUCUCUCUCUCUCUGAAACCAUAGGACCAUGCUUCUGAGAAGCUGCUCUGCACCAAUCUUGAACUCAUGGCUACCCCAGUACUGUCAGGAUUCGUCGCCAGAGGCUGAACCAGUUCUCCAGCUUUCAAGAACCAGAUCAGUUUCUUUGACGACAUCUUUCCAUCCUCAUCCUCCUGAUGAAUCGACAAAGAAGGCAACCCAAGCCUUGUCAGAAGCAGACUUUCUAACCCCACCAAAGCCCAACAAAACGAACCCCAUAUCUCUCUCCCAUAAAAAACAACCAAAAAUCACGGUCAAAGAAGAAGAAGAAGAAGAAGAAGAAGAAGAGCUAAAACCCAAUUCGGAGUUAUCAUCAUCUUCAAUUCGGAGACUUUUGUCAAGCUCUGGGUUGGGUGAGAGAGUUGUGGAUGACGAAGGAUAUGCUGUGGGGAAGAAUGAUUGUGUGUUACAGACUCUGGUGGGGGGUGGUGGAACUGGGAGUAUUGGUGGUGGUUGUGGUGGCAGAGGAUCAUAUGGUGGAGAUGGAAGUGAUAAUGGUGGGUCUGAGUCUUUUGAAGGUAAUAAUCAUGGGAGGGAUAACACCGAUACUUAUUACCAGAAAAUGAUUGAAGCAAAUCCUGGCAAUGCGCUUUUUCUUGGAAACUAUGCAAAGUUUUUAAAAGAGGUUCGUGGAGAUUUUGCUAAAGCAGAAGAGUAUUGUGGGAGGGCAAUUUUGGCUAAUCCAAGUGAUGGAAAUGUUUUAGCUCUCUAUGCUGAUUUGAUAUGGCAAACACAUAAGGAUGCAGAUCGUGCCGAGAGUUAUUAUGAUCAAGCUGUUAAAACUGCCCCAGACGAUUGUUAUGUCUUAGCUUCAUAUGCCCGAUUUCUUUGGGAUGCUGAAGAAGAAGAAGAAGAAGAAGAAGAAGAGGAUGAAGAGGAAAGGCAUGAAACUGAAUACAGCCAUGCUUCUACAUCAAAGUUGUUCCAAGGAGCUUCUCACCAUUCUCCUUUGACUGCAGCUUCUUAAGUCUCAACUCUUCAACAAACCGUCUCUGCCUCUGCUGUGAGAUAGCUCGAGUAACAUAGUAGCUAAGAAAUAACAUUUCUCCUUUUUUGUAACAUAGAGUGUCUACUGUGGGUGACUUUUUGUGUCGGUUUUGAUAUUUUUCCUAAAUUUAGGAAAUAAAACCUGGGCAUUUGUUGUGAAUGCUCUAAGAAGUGGGGAGCUGAUUGUAAAUUUAAUUAACUAUAUUAGUAAAGCAAUAAUAACUUUCUCAAA